AUGCAUUUACAAACAAGCAUUAUUUUGUUCCUGGUCUUUCCAAAGUUUGUAUACACAUCAGGCUAUUAUCCAGAAAGGCAUGCAAAGCAGUCCAGCAUGAAAGGGCCACCACCUUUCCUUCCAUUUAAUGCAAAAAGUCAAGUCAUUCCAGUACCAGAGCAAGGCCCAACAGGACCCCCGGGGCCUGCUGGUCCGAGAGGACUGCCUGGACCCCCAGGGCCUCAAGGAAAGCCAGGCUAUGGAGUUCCUGGGCCACAAGGAGCACAAGGAGUGCCAGGACCACCAGGAUAUUCAUCUAUCGGAAAACCAGGAUUUCCAGGCAUACCAGGAAAGCAAGGAGAACCUGGAAAACCAGGGGAAAAGGGGGACAUUGGGCCAAUUGGACUCCCUGGUACAAGAGGGCAGCAGGGACCACCAGGAAUCUCAGGUCCGACUGGAAUUUCUGCAGCUGGAAUCCCAGGUUCAAAGGGAACAGUGGGGCCACCAGGGCCAAGAGGCAUUCCUGGAUUCAAGGGUGAACCUGGUAUUCCUGGCAUCAAUGGACUCAAGGGACAAAAUGGUUAUGGCAUUCCAGGUCACCCAGGGGAAAGGGGGCUUCCUGGGUUAGCAGGACCACCAGGGCCUCAAGGUCUUACUGGGAUAGGUAAGCCUGGGAUAAAUGGGCUUCCAGGGCAGCCAGGAAAAGUAGGUGAUCAAGGCUUGCCAGGUGAACAAGGACCCCAGGGUCUUUCAGGUCCCCAGGGCCCUUUUGGACAACCUGGACUACCAGGAGUUGGAAAGCCAGGCUCAAAUGGUGUCCCUGGAAUGAUUGGCCCACAAGGGCCCAAAGGACAACCAGGACUCCCAGGAAUGCCAGGCCCUCAAGGCUUGCCAGGCUUUGGGAAACCAGGAUUGUCAGGGUUAAAGGGGCACAGAGGACUUGACGGAGCACCUGGUAUACCUGGAUUAAAAGGUGAACAGGGUUCUGAUGGUUAUCCAGGGCCACCCGGGUUACCAGGCCAGAUAGGAAUUCAAGGUAUACAAGGACCUAGAGGGACACCAGGAGAAGCUGGUCUGCCUGGACAUAAAGGUGAUGUUGGACCAAAAGGUUCUGCAGGCAUUCCAGGACCUAAUGGUGAAAGAGGUAUGCCUGGAUUAGAUGGAAAACCAGGAUAUCCAGGUGAAUCAGGUCUUGCUGGCCUCAAGGGUCACCCAGGCAUAUCUGGCCAAAAAGGAGAGAAAGGCAUUGUGGGGCCUCCUGGUCUCCCAGGAAUUGCUGGUCCUAUAGGGCCUCGUGGAGAAACAGGCUACAAUGGUGAACAAGGACCUAGAGGAGUCACAGGCAUACCAGGUAUGAGGGGGCCAGCAGGGCCUCCAGGUAUACCAGGUCUUCCAGGUCAAAAGGGGGAAACAGGGGCCCCAGGAAUACCAGGCCCAGCUGGCAUUGCAGUAAAGGGAAUGCAAGGACCAAUGGGCCACUCUGGAAUUCCAGGCCAAAGAGGGAUGAAUGGGGAGCAAGGUGUACCUGGGCCACCUGGUCCACCAGGUGAGCCAGGCCAGGUUAUAAUGCCACAUUACAUGCCAGAUGGCUAUGCAAAAUCAGGUCAAGUUCAGAGUCUAAGAGAGGUUCAGGCAUCGGCUUUUACUGCUAUUCUAACUAAAGCAUAUCCAUCAGUGGGAAUACCCAUAAAAUUUGACAGAAUUCUGUAUAACAAACAAAAUCAUUAUGACUCUAGAACUGGAAUAUUUACAUGUCGAUUACCAGGACUUUAUUAUUUUUCCUACCAUGUACAAGUCAAAGGCACAAAUCUUUGGGUUGCAUUAUACAAAAAUGGCAAUCCAAUAAUGUACACUUAUGAUGAAUAUAAGAAAGGAUACCUUGACCAAGCAUCAGGCAGUGCUGUUAUGGACUUAGCUGAGAAUGAUCAAGUAUGGCUUCAGAUACCAAAUGCAGAAUCCAAUGGUUUAUAUUCAUCCGACUAUAUACAUUCAUCUUUCUCAGGAUUUUUGUUCGGUUUAACAUAA